GAUAGCUCGCACGGACAGGCUGGCAAAGAGAUCGCGUUGACAUAUUCGCUGCAAUUAAGACAGCUACACUAUACAGUGUGAAUAGCCACAUCCCUUGCGCCUGCACCAAGCACCGUGACAUGACACGCACGAGCGCUGUGACGUGUCCGCUGACGUAUCACGUAACCCUGACACACAUGUCUGUAUUUUAACGGCAUUUUUAUCGUGGCAGUGCGGAAAGAGAGACUCGCACUACAGGCUGUGCCAUAUCUUGGGUCUAUUCCCACAUUUACUGAAUCGCGAAAUCCUUGCUGUGACAAAGUUCGACCGGCAGGUGUAACUCUUCCUCUCACGUCUUUCAAGGCGGUGUGGAGGAGGUCCUCUAGCCAUGGGGCUGUUCUCUGGCGUUUCGCUGAUUUUUGCUGUUUGCGUGGCCGGACUUGCCUUCUACCUCUACACUCCUCUUCCUUCCGACAUCGAUCAGCCUGGAAUUGCACGAGCGAUGUGUGCGAUGAACAAGAUGCUCGGCCUUGUUGAACGGAUGUGUUUCGGCCUGUUCUGCGACUACAAAAACGAGUUCCGUCGUAAGCAAGCAGUUGCGAGUAUGCUGCUUCCAGUCACCAAACUGGACUCAGAUCCAGACCUGAAGGUGACCAACGAGGUGUAUGACGGUGUCAAAGUGCGCGUGUACCGGCCUGUAAGGGCUCCUGUACCCACACCGGCGGUCAUGUACUUUCAUGGCGGAGGCUGGUGCUGGGGAGCUGUAGAUACUGAGGACAGUUUUGCCAGGUUGCUGGCCAAAGAAGCACAACUUGUGGUGAUAUCCGUUGAGUAUCGUCUGGCACCUGAAUAUCCAUUCCCAGCGCCUUUAGACGACUGUGUGACGGCUACUCAGCACGUGCUGACCCACAGCCUUGACCUCCGGAUCGACCCGAAGAGAGUUGGCGUAGCAGGUCUGAGUGCUGGAGGGAACCUGGCUGCGGCAGUAGCCUUGCGCAUGCAGGACUUUCCCUUCAGAAGCCUGCCUCGACUGAGGUUUCAGGUGCUGCUGAUGCCUGGGCUGCAGGGCCUCGACUUCGAUCUACCCUCAUACCGAGACAAUGACCCGGCCACCGGUCACAUGUUGUCACGUGACGUCGUGGCCAAGUAUGUAUUGGCGUACGCGGGACUGGAGUUUACUCCGUCAGUAGUGCGACAGGUGGCGCUAAACCAGCACGUCACUUCGGACACGCGGGCCAAACUUUCAAAGUUCCUGGAGCAGGCGGUCUUAGAAACGGCCACAGUAGGAAGCAAAGGGAAGCGGAAGAAGGCCGGUAGGUCACAUGGUGUGAACGUCACGCUGGCCAAGCUGGCCGAACAGGUGGUCACCAACCCUCUUUUCUCGCCUCUCCUGGCCGAAGAGCAGAUACGCCAGCUCCCGCCUUCUGCGGUGAUAAUGUCGCAGUACGAUGUGUUGCGUGACGAGGCGUUGCUGUACGUACACAGUCUGCAGCAAGCAGGUGUCCCCGUUGUCUCACACCUGGUCAACAGAGGUCACCACCUGGCCAUACUGGGCGCUAGCGACCAGGACAAUUCUAACGGUGGACGAAAGGCCUACCUGACUGUACUACAGUUUAUUCGUAAAAUGGUGGAGGACGUGUAAUCUGUCUGUCUGUCUUUCUACCCGUGGAGAUUGUGUGUCCAGAUUUCAUUAGUGUGCGGGUACUUUGUGCAAAAAUAAAUAAAUAAAUAAAAUAAUCUG